AUGUCAAAUGUACCAAUAUCAUUAAAUAACUUAACACCUUCUACAAGAAAAUCACAUAGAAAAAUGAUUAGUGUAAAUACAAGAAAAACAACUUAUAUGGAUAUUGAUGGUAAUUGGACUGGUGAAAAUGUAUUUGAAAAAAUAUCUCUUAUAGGGGCAGGAGGAUUUGGAGAAGUUUGGAAAGUUAGACAUAAGUCAAUGAGAUUUAUUUCUGCUGCAAAAAUUAUUAAAUUAAAUAAAUCAUCAAGUGAAUCAAUUCAAAAAGAAAUUAUUACAUUUAAACAAAUGAAACACCCUAAUAUAUUAAGUUAUUUAGGAACGUAUACAGAAAAAGAUAAUGUUUGGAUUAUUAUGGAACUUUGUAAUGCUGGUAGUUUAAAAGAUAUUAUUAAAACAUUAAAUGCACCUUUACCUGAACAAGCAAUUGCUUGUAUUAUUAAAGGAGUUGUUAAUGGAUUAGAAGCAUUACACAAUGCAAAUAUUAUUCAUUUAGAUAUUAAACCAGCAAAUAUAUUAAUUAGUGAUGAUUGUGAAAUUAAACUUACUGAUUUUGGUAUUAGUAAACAUGUAAAUGAUUUAUGUGAAGAUAAAUGGUAUGGAUCAGCACCAUAUAUGGCACCUGAAGUUGUUUUUAAGAAACCAUUUACUACAAAAAGUGAUAUUUGGUCAUUAGGAAUUACUAUAUUAGAAUUAAGAGAAAGAAAACCACCAUAUGAAGAUUUAACUACAAUGAGAAUACUUGAAUUAAUUAAAAAACAUCCACCACCUACUUUUAAAAAUAAAGAGGAAAAUAGUGAAGAGAUAAUGAAUUUUGUUGCAUUAUGUCUUAUUAAAAAUAGUAGACAAAGAGCAACAAUAAAUCAACUUAAAAGACAUAAAUUUUUAACACAAGUUGAAGAUAACCAACCAGUAUUAAAUCUUUGUGUUUCAGUUUAUCAAGCUAAAUAUCAUUUAAUACCUCAAAUUGAAAUAUUACCUGAUAAUAAAUUUGCUAUUAAAUAUUUAGAUAAAGACGAUAUAAGUAAAACACAAGUACGUUCAUUUUAUUCUACAACAAUAAAACAACAAAACCAAACAGAUGUUAUUGGAACAUAUCCUGAUAAUACUUUAGUUGGAACAACAGAAUGUUUACCUGAAAAUACAGAAUUAAUUAAUGAACAAUUUAAAGCAAUUGAAAAAUUAAAAAAUGAUAUUCAAAUUCUUAAUGAAAAAGUAUUAAGUUUAGAAGAAAAUACUACUUUAAAUAUAAAAGAAACUACUAAAAAAAAAAUAAAAGAAAUUGAUAAUUAUAAAACAUUAAUUAAUGGAUGGACAAAAGAAGUAGUUGAAAAUAUGGUUAAUACAGCUAUCGAUGAAAAAUUAAAAGAAAUAUAUGGUUCAACACUUGAAAGUACUGAUGGAGAUGUUUCUCCUUGUGGAGUAUUUGUACCAAUAAAAAGUAUUGAAUCAACAGAAUCAUCAAGAGAAGUGUCCAGAGAGAAUUCACCUCAUUUAGAAGAUCUUAAUCCAAGAAUACCUAGACCAAAUAAAAAAGAUUUAAAAAAGAAUUUUAAUUUAAGUGUUAAAAUUCCAAAAGAAAUUAUAAGUCCAAGAAAGAAAACAUUAAAAAAAGAUGAAAAUUCAUUAAGUUUAAAUUCUAUUGACAAAGAACUUAUUUCAUUAAAAAGUAAAACAAAAAAGAGUAUUACUUUAAGUGGACCAACAAAUAAAUUUAAUUCUUUUGAAAGUAAAUCAUUAAAAAAAAGAAAUGUUAAUAGUAGUAAAGAAACAGAUAUUAAACCUUUACAAAAACAAUUAGACAAAAGUGAUACCUCGGAUGAAAAAAUAAAAUUAUUUAAUAAUGAAAUUAAUAAAACUUCACCUAAAAUGUCUUGUUGUGAUAAUACUCCUCUUCACAUCUCCAGUAUUAAAUUUGAAAAAAAAUCAGAAAGUCCUACAACAAAUUCUUCUUUAAAUAAUUCUUUAAAUACUCAGUUUAAAAAACAAACUGGUUUAAAUGUAAAUGUUACUACUUCUCCUCUUGAUAUUAAUCAUUCUAAAAUUAAUGAAUUAGAACCUAAUUUUUCUAAUCAUAUUUUAAUAAAUCCAAAAACUCCUAACGUUACUUCAACUCCUUUAGUUAAACCAAAUUUUAAUGUUCUCCCUUUACAACAAACUAAACAACUACCACUAAAUUCAUCAACUCAAUCAAACUCAACUAUAUUACCUGAUAAAGUACACACAACAAAUUCUCCACAAUCAACUAUUAUUCAAAGAGGAAUUUCAUCUCCACAUUCAUCUCGUAAAGAAUCGCUUCGAAAAUUUCCAAUGAAACAAAAAAGAUUUUCAAAACAAUCUUCUAAAAUUCUUCAUGGACAACUUACAUCAACAACAAAAUCUUUUUUAGACCCAGAAUUAGAAAAUAAAGUUAUGGGAUUAUUAAGGUUUGAACUUAGUAAAGCUAAAAGUGCUGUUUGUGAAAUGGUUCCUUGUCACUUUGAAAUUUUAAGAACCGAAUUAAUUGAUGAAAUUGAAAGAAGAAGUAAAGUUUAUAACUUUAAUAAUACUAUUAGUGAAGGUGUUCCAAUGAAAAUAACUGAUUUAGAAAAUAAAGUUAAUAAUUUAGAUGCUAAAAUUAUUGAUGUUAAUAUUCAUUUAUCACAAUUCAAAAACGAACUUCCUUUAAUAAUUACUCAAUUUAAAAAUGAAGUUCUUGAUGCUUUUAUGAAAUUGUAA